GAACGGAGGAACGGUCGGGGAUAGGUUUGAGGAGAUGAACGUAGCGCCAAACGUAUGAAGCCUCCAACGUAUCCACACGAACUUGCUCCGGAGUCCAAGAUUAAACUUGUGCUAGCAAGUUUAUUAUAGGAUAGUAAAAACUAUAAUAAUACUACUUUGGGAGUAAUAAAUAUAUAGUAAAAUAUUUAUCUUAUAAAUAUUUGUUUAUAAUAUUUUGUGUAUAUUUCUAACACUUUAGAAAAAUAACUUUGAACACAAAAUAAUAUUUUCUUCUCUCUAAAAUUGGGAUGGCCGAAUCUAUUAAGUAAAAGAAAUCUCUUAUAAACCGGAUUUCCUUUCUUUGGAGUAAAUUCUAACCUUUUUCUCCUCAAUUUCACAGAAUUUUCUUUCUUUCACCAGAAAAUAUGGAAGCCAAUAAGAAGGAAUUUGGGAGUCAAAUCUCACAAAAGCCGUCCAUUCCAUGGCGGACCCGCUUCGCUCUUUCCAUCGCCUCCGCCGUCACAGACGCCUCUCGCCGCCAAAACGGCACCGUCAAUCGCCGUCUCCUAAACGUAUUCAGCAUCAAGUCUCCCCCAACCCUAAACCCCGUUAACGGCGUCAAAUCUUCCGACAUCACCGUCGACCCUGACCGCGGCCUCUGGUUCCGCCUCUUCGUCCCCACCGCCGCCGACGCCCGGGAUUCAGACUCCCUCCCGGUAAUUGUCUUCUUCCACGGCGGCGGCUUUGUGUAUCUCGGUGCCGAUACUCGAGAAUACGACGCCGUGUGCCGCCGAUUUGCGCGCAAGGUCCCGGCGCUAGUUAUCUCAGUUAAUUACCGGCUUGCACCGGAGCACCGGUACCCCGCUCAAUACGAUGACGGAUUCGAUGUGCUGAGGUUCCUCGAUCAUGAAAGUAACAGGGGAAUUUUGCCGGGAAAUGCUGACGUGUCCCACUGUUUUCUGGCCGGAGACAGUGCCGGAGGAAAUCUGGCACACCACGUGGCUAAGCGAGCAUCGGAGUCUAGUUUCCGUGAGGUUAAGGUGAUUGGGCUGGUGGCAAUACAACCCUUCUUCGGAGGCGAAGAGCGGACAACAGCGGAGAACACACUCAUCAAAUGUGAUCACAUCAUAUCAGUGGUCCGUACCGACUGGAUGUGGAAGGCGUUUUUGCCCCCGGAGGAAGGCAAUGACAGGGACCACGAGGCGGUGAACGUUAGCGGCCCCAGGGCGGCUGACAUAUCAAAGCUGGAGGAUUUUCCGGCAACAAUGGUGGUGGCGGCAGGCUUCGAUCCUCUCAAGGAUUGGCAGAGGAGGUACUUUGAGUGGUUGAAGAGGUCAGGGAAACAAGUCCACUUUGUGGAGUACCCAAACAUGGUGCAUGCUUUCUACCUUUUCCCUGAGCUCCCCGAAUCUACACAGCUCAUCGGGGAAAUCAAGGACUUCAUUCACAACCAGUGUUCCAAUUAAUAUAAUAUCAAUAGACACAUAAGUUUGUAGGAGUGAAGCACAUACAUAUGUGUCUGUAUUUGUCUUGUUGUGUAACUCUAGCAUCAUUCAUAUAAUGUUGUGUGAAUUUCUUAUUGUUUUCUUUAUUCAAUUGGAUGAUCUCUAUGGAUAUUACUUUUUUGCCUCAAGAGUGUUACACUACUCCCACUCUUGUCAAUCUCAAUAACCUGAUUAAAGGAAAUAAAAUAAAAAAAAGGAGCUAAAUUUGU